AUGAAGAUCCAUCCGGUGGCGGUUCGCGAGGACAACUAUGCGUACAUCCUGCAAUCGUCUGUAGACGGACGUGCGGUGUUUGUAGAUGUGUUCGACGUUGAAGCUGUUAGUGGAGCAGCCGAGAAGUUGGGCAUUCCGAACGAGAACGUGGUGGGCCUAUUGACCACGCACCAUCACUUUGAUCAUUCCGGGGGCAAUGAAGCGUUCGCGCAUGCCUAUCCGGGUCGGCCGAUCUACGGGGGUAGCGACAAGAUCCCUGCUCUGACCAAGCUGGUGCACGAUGCAGAUAGGAUUAGCGAGCUGCUGGGUGGAGUAUCGAUCGAGUGUGUUGCCACACCGUGUCAUACGCAAGACCACAUCUGCUACCAUGUCACUGACACCACCACUGCGCAAUCUGGCGUGUUCACCGGCGACACGCUCUUCAUCAGCGGAUGCGGAAGAUUCUUCGAGGGCCAUCCGCAACAGAUGCUCUCUGCAAUGGACAGGCUCUCGUCACUCCCCGACCAUACGCUCGUGUAUUGUGGCCAUGAAUACACCAAAUCCAACGUCGCCUUCAGCGCCGCUAUUCUCCCGCCAUCCGAGCAUCCCAUCACCAAACUCAUCAACGACCUCAAAACUACCCACUCCACCACCGGCAUGUACACCAUCGCCGACGAAAGGAACCAUAACCCCUUCAUGCGAUGCAGAGACCAGCUCGUCAAGGAUAAACUAGCCCACUUGGUCGGCCACGAUGUGCACGAUGAGGUAGAGGUCAUGCGUCUCCUUCGCGAGCUUAAGAAUGGCGGUCACGUCAAGGCUAACAUCUGA